AUGGAUGUCUUUGUUAACAAUGCUGAUAUAGAUGAGCAAGCUGCUACUCUUCUAAUAGAAUUUGGAAAUCUCUCUGCAGAAGAAAGACGUUUACUGGCUCAACCCAUUGUCAAGCUAAAUAAGGAACCUAUUCAAGAGAAUCCAUCUUUAGAGGAAGAAGAAGAAGAGAUAAUUCAAUAUCUUCAUGAGAAUAUUCUUCAUCCUCUCCACAGCAAGAGAAAUCAAUAUGAAAUAUUUCAAAGAGCAGAAAGGGAGCUGGAAGAAGAAGAGCAAAAUAAAACUGGGAAUGAAUUUGAGAAGGGUGAACCUGAGCAAUCCUUGCAGAUUCACACCGAAGAUAAUCCCAUUCAGAGCAUGGCAGCAGAAUCACAAGAUGAUUCAUCCAAUGAAGGAUCCUCCGCAGACGGUACCAAGCUUCUGAAAUCUAUGACUUCUCUGUUUUCCUCUCUUCAAACGAAUGUGAUGGCUAUGGGAUCACAUGUAGUAAAUAUUUUGAAGACCCAGAAAGAGGAUAGAAAAGAGGUUGUUGAAUGUGUCAAAAUCCUCAAAGAAUUGGAUAAUACAAUGAAGAAGAAUACGUUUGAGACUCAUGUCUCAAAUUCAAAAUUCUCAAAAUUUGAACAGCAGCUCUUCAGUACUCAAUCGGAAAUGAUGAGUCUUGAAAGACAAAUCAAUCUUGAUAAUCAUCGUGAGGUCAUGGACUCAAUGGAAUUGUACAAGAAUCAGUUCAUUGAAAUUCAAGGAAGCUUGAGAAUAACAGAAGGUGAAAGGUUGGAGUAUGCCGACUCCAUUGCAAGAAAGUUUCAACAAAAAGAAAAUGCGAAAGUUGUUGCUGAAAUAGAACAGACACGUAUCACUCAAGGUGAGCCUAGUAGAAGAGGUAACGGGGUAUCAACCGGUACCAGAUCCAAGCGCGCUCCAACCAACGAUGAAAAUCCAAGGCCAACCAAAAGAAGAGGAGGUCGAAGCGGUGGUGAUAGUGGAGGCCAAUGCAGUAGUGGUGGUCGUGGUGGGAAAUCUGGUAGUGAUCGAGGAGGUCGUUCCAGUGGUGGUGAUCGUGGUGGGAGAUCAAGUAGAAGCGGUCGUGGUGGUCGUGCUCUUCCUCCGUUCCAAAACCUGCUAACUAGUGAAGGAGUAAGCGGUGGAGGUUUCAAUUAUCCAAUCGAUCCUAGAGUGAAAAGGGAAGAACAAUGA